CACUUUAAGAACUGACAUCAUUCAUCACAUUCGACGGCCAUUGCGAAUAUCCAACCUUGAAAAAGUAUCUUUUGGAAUCAAACCAUUUUCUUUUAGAUUCCCAGCAAGAAAAUGUCUUAUAGCAGAAUCGGCGUUGUCACCGGUGCCAACAAAGGUAUCGGGUAUGCAAUAGUCCGCCAACUUGCCCUCCAAUACCCAACCUCGCCCACCAACGCCGGACCCCUACUAAUCUACCUUACGUCCCGUGACCAAUCUCGCGGCGAAGCCGCCCUACAAAGCCUCCAGCAGGACUCCCAGCUCAAGGAAGCAAAGGCAUUGGCGUCUGACGGCGGAGUCGCGGAGAUAAAGUAUCAUGCCCUCGAUAUUACCGAGGAGGACAGUGUGGGGAAGUUCGUUAAGCAUCUGAGGGAAAAGCACGAGGGCGGGAUUGAUUUUGUGAUUAAUAAUGCGGGGAUUGCGUUGAACGGAUUUGACAUCGACGUCGUGAAGAAGACGCUCGGCUGCAACUACUACAACACUCUCAGCGCAUGCCACGCCUUCCUCCCCCUCCUAAAACCCCACGGCCGCAUUGUCAACGUCGCCAGCACCGGCGGAAAACUCAACAUCUUCUCGCCCACCAUACGCAACCGCUUCCUCGCCUCAAAGACAGAAUCCGACGUCGACGCACUCAUGCAAGAGUUCACCGCAGCCGUGGAGGCAGGAACGCAGUCUGAAGCAGGAUUCCCUAGCGCCGCGUAUGCGACGUCGAAGGCGGGACUGAUCGCGGGUACGCGUGCGCUCGCGAGGACGGAGAAGGAGAAGGGAGGAACGGUGUUGAUCAAUUCUUGCUGUCCGGGGUAUGUGGCCACGGAUAUGUCGAAGCAUAAUGGGACGUUGACGCCGGAUCAGGGGGCGCAGACGCCAGUUAUGCUGGCGUUGAAGGAUAUUAAUGGGGAGACGGGGGAGUUCUGGAAGGAUCUCAAGCAUGAGGAGUGGUAGAUGUUGAUAUGGUAUCUUGUACGAUAAGAUGUUAUUAGGAGACAACGAGGGGGAAAGUCCAUGUUUUGGGCUAUUGCGGCAGUCUAUAAUGUAGAAGAAAAUAGCAACUGGACUCCAAGUCUACAGUAUAUAAGGGAGAGCGGCCUCCCUUGAGAACAUGGCAUGGAGGUGCAGCGAGAAAGAACGUUGUAUUUUUCCCCGCGUGGAUCCUUAAAUCCGACGACAUGCCGCUGAGUUUCAGGGUGUCUCGAAGAAGCACGUUCAAUAAGAUAUUACAAUCU